GACCUUUAAGGAGCCACUGCGCAUGCACCAGCUUCCUUUUUUUUUUUUUUUUACCGGCUGCCACCAUGGAGGCCGUACCAGAGAAGAAAAAGAAGGUUCCUGCCGUGCCAGAAACCCUUCAGAAGAAGCGAAGGAAUUUCGCAGAGUUGAAGGUGAAGCGCCUGCGGAAGAGAUUUGCCCUCAAGACGCUGCGAAAGGCACGGAGGAAGCUCAUCUAUGAGAAGGCCAAGCGCUAUCACAAGGAGUACAGGCAGAUGUACCGGACGGAGAUUCGGAUGGCCAGGAUGGCAAGGAAAGCUGGAAACUUUUACGUCCCUGCAGAACCAAAACUGGCGUUUGUCAUCAGAAUCCGAGGUAUCAAUGGUGUAAGCCCAAAGGUUCGCAAGGUGUUGCAGCUUCUUCGCCUUCGGCAGAUCUUCAAUGGCACCUUUGUCAAGCUCAACAAGGCUUCGAUUAACAUGCUGAGGAUUGUGGAGCCGUACAUUGCAUGGGGGUACCCCAACCUGAAGUCUGUGAAUGAGCUCAUCUACAAGCGUGGCUAUGGCAAGAUCAAUAAGAAGCGAAUUGCCUUGACAGAUAAUUCCUUGAUUGCUCGUUCUCUUGGUAAAUUUGGCAUCAUCUGCAUGGAGGAUCUAAUUCAUGAGAUCUAUACAGUUGGAAAACACUUCAAGGAAGCAAAUAACUUCCUGUGGCCCUUCAAACUGUCAUCUCCACGAGGUGGAAUGAAGAAAAAGACAACUCACUUUGUGGAAGGUGGAGAUGCUGGCAACAGGGAAGACCAGAUAAACAGGCUUAUUAGACGGAUGAACUAAGGUGCUGCCCAGGAGUUAUCUAUGACAUUUUUUGUAAUCUGGUCAGUUAAUAAACAGUCACAGCUUGGCAAGAUGAAA